GCGCCCGGCGCGCGCAGCAUGUCAGGUAUUAGCAGAGAGUGUGUGUGGUUGCAUGUGGGAGGUUGGAAGCUGUAGGAAGCUGUGGGGCUGGCGGAGAGCGCUGCCGCCGCUGCGAGCGUCACACUGCUGAAUGGGAAUCUAUCCGGCAACUCCAGCAGACCGCUGUCUCAUACGCGCGCCCUGCGUAAAACCAAGCGGCGCGUUUCCAAGUGCGGCUCCGGCCGACCCACAGCCGGCGAGCGCGCUCAGUAGCUCGGAUCGGACGUCCACUUUUCCCGCACUUGUUCCCGACUUGCAGCGGCGCACAACAGCAGCAUGCCUGCCAUCAAGAAGGAGCGCCUGGACGGCGACGACAUGGCUCUGGCCGCCUUUAACCAGUCCGAAUACUUGGCCCCUUUAAAUGCCGCCGCGAUCCCCGUGGUGACCCCGCACCCGCCGCCUUACGAGCACAUUUUGGCCCACCACCGCGCGUAUUUGGGGCUCCACGACUCGACGCUGCAUCAUCAGCACCUCCAGCACGCCACGGACGACUUGAUGCUGGAGAGGUUCUCCUCCAUCCCGGACUUCCAGCCCUUCUUUGACAACGGCGAGCCCUGCAUCGAGGUGGAGUGCGGGGAAAACAAGGCUUUGCUUUACAUUAACAAACUAUGUCAAGGCAGCAAAGGACCCUCCAUUAAAUAUAGGGGCGAGUGGCUUACUCCCAACGAGUUCCAGUUUGUCAGUGGCCGGGAGACAGCCAAAGACUGGAAGCGGAGUAUUCGACACAAAGGGAAAAGUCUCAAGACACUCAUGUCUAAAGGAAUCUUACAGGUGCAUCCUCCAAUCUGUGAUUGUCCAGGUUGUCGAAUCUCCUCUCCCGUGAAUCGUGGGCGCCUGGCUGAGAAGCGCACCAUCCCGCUGCCCCCCAACCGUGUGCCCAAGAAGGAGCUGGCCUCCAUCUUCAGCAGUGACGACAGCGAAGGGAGCGAGCGGGCCAGUGGGGAUCACGGCCACAUCAAGCAGGAGGACGAGCUUCAUUACAGUAUAGUGCGCAAGAGUCGGGACAGUGACCUCUCUACAAUCAUCUCCAACCUGCACCACAGCAGACAGCAUGGCAUGCCCGAGGGCCAGUCAGCCUCUGACCGCAAUGCCAGUACAGGACACACAGAUGACCUUCUAAGCAAGAGGAGAAGCUUCUCUCCCAACAGCAGCAGCAACUCUCCCUCGGACAGUAAGAAGUCACGCAGCGUAUCCCCCAAAGAGAGCGCACAGAGCCCGGAGGGGGAGGCAGGUGGCAGCCACAGCCACAUGAGCCCCGAAGAGCACUACAGGCGCAUGAUGUCAGCGCUCAGCGAGCAUGGAUCCUACGAGGAGCAGCAGCAACGCCUCUACCAGCUGGCCAGCAGCAUGGGACUGCCCGGACAUGACGUGCUGCGCGCACAGCAGGAAGCAUUGGCUGCGGCGGUGAGGAAUCCGGCGGCCUUAGAAGCUCACCUGCCCACGGGAGGCAGCUCCUCGUCAUCCAGCCAGAGACGCAAGCAGGGCCUACCGCAGCACCGAGAUGCACAUUACACAGACAGGGAACUGUCCCAACCUCCGCCCCUCCUUUCACCUCACAUCGCGUUAGGACCUCACUUGCGGCCUCCUUUCCUUGGCUUGCCCUCAGCUCUCUGCCAGGCCCCCGGUUACAGUUUCCUGCAACCGGCUCAAGCUGAAAUUUUUGUGCGGCAGCAGGAGAUACUGAGGAAGCAGAAUCUAGCCAGACUUGAGAUGUCAGCCGAGUUACUGAGACAGAAGGAGUUGGAGAGUCUUCACCAGCGACAGCAACUGCUGAGCUCUGACCCGCUUGCCGUUCUCCCUGCCGGCCUGCCCUCGGACCACCCGGCCCUGCGGAGCCUUCAAGACAUCCCCGAGGGUCAUCCGCUCCGAGAGGAACUGGCCCGCAGCUCCAAUGCCAUGCUGUUGCUUCGACACGGGGCGACGGCGCCCCUGCUAAGCGCCAACCAGCAGGAGCAGCCCAAGACGUUGUCCACCCACAAAGACGCCCAAGCGCAGAGCUCCACCACUGGCUCAGACGCUGAUAAUUCCAGGAAGCCCCUCCGCCGGGGCCCUCAGACUGAGUCCCGUGCUGGCCAUCGCAAAAGAAGAAGAGAGGACAGAGGAAGCGAGGGAGACGAGGACAUGAAGGACUCGGACAGCGAAACAGAAACGUGUGACGAGAGGCGGGGAGGCGACGGUGCUAAGUCGAGGUGUAAACACAAGGACAGAGGGAGUAGAGAAAGAGACGGCAAGGGGGCGCGUGACGGCACCAAGGACAGCCAUGAAAGCUCAGGCCGGCUCAACGCAUCUUGUAGUUCAGCUGGCAGCGACUCGCCCAGUCACCACCUGUUCACCUCAGCGCUGGGAAAGUCGGAUGUCAAGCUCCAGCUUCCGCCUGGAUUUGUGCCACCUCUGCCCGCUCUUCAAGGACAGUCAUUGCCCUUCGGAUUCCCCUACAUCAACCCUUACUUUCACAUGGGCUCUGUGGGAGGUCUUUUUAUGGAUGGGGAGGACUCGCUUCCAGCCAACCCCAUGGAGGACUUAAGCAAGUGGAGUGUGGAGGACGUAUGUGGCUUCAUAAGCAGUCUGGCCGGAUGUGCUGAAUACGCUCAGGUGGCGCGGCGCAUCGGCAGACUUUUCUACAUGACCGGAUUCCCUCUGGCGUUCCCCUUUUCGCCCUCGGCCAGCUUGCGCCCCUCGGAGCGGGAUGGGGAGCCCCCGGGUGUACCCGCCGACACCCUCUCCUUGCCCCUUACCCUGCUUCAGAGACCCGCCUCCACGAGUGAAAGCUCUUCUCCUUACCGUGGGCCCACGCCGGGCUGCUCUUCACCCAAGCAGGAGAAGGCCAAUGGCUCUACAGCGGUGGGAAGAUAAGGGCUCCCUCAUCACAGGGUUGCCUUGAACUUCCGGGCCUUAAAACAGAAAUGGAAGGGACAGGAAUAAAGAAGGCGACGUAAAGGACAAUGUGGACUGGAUCCUGGCCAGUGGCUGAGUCUGAGCGGAAUCCAAAGAAAGUGGCUCGGGAGACACACGAGGCGCAAAAAAGAGACAGCUGGUCACAGACAGCAUGCCAAAAAAGAGGCCACAAACGCCACAUUCUUGCAAGACAGACAAGCCAACGGCAGCGGAAAGCCGUCCGUCCUUCUUUCUUUCCUUCCUUCCUUUCCGUGCUGGCUUUUUUUGUCCACCUUCUUUUCUGUACUUGUUCACUGCAAGCCCUGCACAAUCCAGGAAUAAGACUCAUAUCCUUCCUUCUCGUCCUUGUCCGGCCUUGGGGAAGCUGUCGUCGUGGUCUCUGAGGCUGGAGCGGCGCCACGCUAAAACAAGCUCCGUCUUAUCACAGCAACUAUGCAUUCCACUGUCCCGAUACCAAAGAUGACCGGAUGAGUGGAAUUGAAACCAUGUUUCUGAUUUUGUUUGCAUGAAGGGUGACGGACAGAGAGAAAGCGAGAGUGGGGAAUAAAUAAUGCUAGUGCCUCAACAUGAAGCACUCCAUGGUAUUGAGAAGUAUUCGGACCACACUGACAAGAAAAACUAACUGCAAAAAACACAUCUUAGUUUUGCAAGAACUAGCUCUGAAUUAUACAGAAGGAACCUUUUUAUAUUGAGAGAGAAAAACACCAUGAUGAGAAUAAUAUUAGUAUAUUUUGAGAAUAGUGUAGAUCUUUUUUUUUACAACAGAAUAAGUCAACUGUUACAAGAAUAGUAAAAAAAAUACACUGAAUAUUAAGAAAGAAUAAAGUCAAACAUUACACGACUGAAUAGUUGAGCGAAAGAAAGUCUGACAAUUACAAGAAAAAAAAAAAAUGCCAAAAAGGGAAAUACACAUAAAUAGUCGAAUGCGCCGGCAUCUCAACAAAUAUUAAACAUUUCCUUCUGCAAAAUAUAUGGCCAAUCAGUGUGUCUUCAAUUGAUUGAUUGAUUUUUCCCUCAGUGUGGUCCUAAUAGUCUUGCUAGUAAAAGACGUGUGUUGCUGGAAACAAUAGCUCACAUCUUUGGACACUUGUGUUGACUACUGUGGGAGGGUUUGAAAUAAUAAUAAUGAGAAUAAUAAGAAGAAUGAUGAAUCGUGCAAAAAUGUACAGUCAUGCUUGAGAUGAAAAUAUCCUGAUGGUUGCAUACGUGGUACUUUCAAUUUUUUGCUAAAUGUAGAUGCACGAGAAAAAAAAAAGUUUUCUUUACUAAAGUAAUAAUAAUAUUAAUGUGACUCGCUGGACUUUUGUGGUACUUUUGUUCAUAUAUUUUUCUCUCCCUUUUUUUGGACAUUUUUUAAACUAAUAUUAAAAGGCGCUCCAAUCUUGAAUGCUACUUCAGCAUAUAAACGAGGACAAAGUAUUUAUAGGACUUAGUAAAUGAAGCAAAUUAUAUGUAUUAUAAUUAACCCCUGAGACGGAUUCCAAAGAUACUUUUAUUUUUCUUUUGGUUGCAGGGAAAAGAAAGGCACAGAGCUCUUAUUGCAUUUUUUUUUUUUGUUUCAAUCUACGCAAGCAAUUGAUUCAAGUGGUCCCUUUAAAGGUUUUUUCUUCAUCCUAUUUUUCUAUUCACCGCACGGGUGAAAUAAAUAAUACAGAAAUGA